GCCUUGUUCCUUGGCGAGCUUGUACCAUUUAUCAAGACGUCCCUUGGCUGUCUUCUUCUGCGUACCUGCCAUAGCGAGUUGUGUCGAUGCUCAGGUGUUCAAGGGUGCCUCUUCCUGCUCGUCGCUCGUCCAGAAAAAAAGAUUUGUCGCAGGCUUCAAGACCAGAAGGACCACUACUAGGCCUACUCUUCAAAAUCAAGCAGCAAGCAUGGGCCAGAAGCGCAAGAGAGCAGCAGGACCGCCUACAAGGACAGAUGCUCCAUCGGCGACGGUACAGACCAAAUCAAAGAAGCCCAAGCGCAAAUCUGCAGAGCAAGAAGGCGGCAAUGUCCCCAGAAAGUUCCGUAUGCUCAUGGCGCAUAAGGAUCUCUCUCAAAAGACCAAAGAGAUUGAGCGGGAGCAGAAUGCAUGGAAGCGGACCGCGCAGCAAAGUGAGGCGACCGAGGCGGAGGCUACCAAGAAACUUGUACCUGAGCCGGGAGAGAAGUUGUCUGACUUCAAUCGGCGCGUAGACAGCAUCAUGCCCAUCAAGCACAGCAAAAGCUCAGAGACAAAAGGGCCAGCGGAUAUCAUUGACUUUGCAGAGAAGCGGCGACGGAAGCAGUCGGAGCGACAGAAGAAGCAGAAUGAAGAGCAUCUCAACAGACUGCGGAAGAAAGACGAAGCGCGGCAAGACGAUACUGAUAAAGCCUUUGAUGACUAUGAGUUUGCGACAUUCAAUAAGGAAGCACAAACGGGAAAGGGUCGCAAACGUGCAGCUUCUCCAGAUCCAUGGGCCGUCUUGUUGCGCCCUGAGCGACAGUACAAGUUCAAUGAUACGGUUGAGGCGCCUCCAAUACUGACCAAGAAGGGAAAGCUCGUCAAGGGUGCGCCUCGUGUAUAGAUGUAGCCUUCCAGAGCAGGACACUAGCACUUAUAUAGCUCCGGUCCCUGGCCGCUU